AUGGAAAAUAGAAUAGGAAACUCUCAUGGAGCGGAAAUUCCUAAGAAAUCAAGAUCUCUGGAUCUUAAGAGUUUGUAUAAAUCUGGUGAUUCAAAAGAGUCUUCUAAGAAUAGGAGUUUGAAGAGGAAAGAAAGGUCACAAGAGGGUGAUGGUGAGAAGAGGAGUAACAAUAAUUCCAAGAGAAAGAAGAGUAGGAAAUCUCUUCCUCUCAGUAGUUUUAGAACCGUCGUCCAUGAUAGCAAUAGUAGCAAGAGUUUAACUGAAGUGUAUAAUGGUGGGCUCAGUUCAAGGUUGCAUGAUCCGGGAAGUUUGAAUAAGUUGGGCUUCAGUCAGAAAUCUAAGAAUGGUAGCAGUGUUGAUGAUGUUUCAGUUAGUUUCGAUAGAAUGUUGGCAGGGCGAUCUACUAGUAAAGAAGUUGUUAAUGAGGAAGUGAAGUUAGCUAGCGAAGACUCUGGCACCCAGAAUAUGUCUUUGAAGGUUAAACAGGAGAAGAUUAUUGAUGAUUUUAAGGAGAACCGGAGCAGUGAGUCAAGUUCAAUUCAGCAUUUGAAGGAAGAAGAUGGUAUUGCUGGUUACUCAGCUGUAAAUGACGACGAGUCUUUGCAAAAAAAAUCACGGAGGAUGCCUAGGAAGAGGAAGGAUUCAGUAAAGGGUGAUAAAAGUGUUGCUAACAAGGUUGAGAGUUCAGUCAAGGCUUGUGAUGCCUUUCAAGAAGAUGAAGAGAAUCUUGAAGAAAAUGCAGCAAGGAUGUUAUCAUCACGGUUUAACCCAAAUUGUACUGGUUUUUCUUCAAACAGCAAAGUUUCUGUGUCACCAUCUGAUAAUGGAUUAUCUUUUCUUGCAUCUUCUGGUCAGAAUGCUAGGCCAAGGUCUAAAAAUUUGUCUGGUUCUGAAUCUGCUUCUGCCGAUGCUUCUGGUAGGAUAUUGAGACCACGGCAAAGUCAUAAAAAGAAAUCCAACUCAAGGAGAAGGCGCCAUUUUUAUGAAAUUUUCUCUGGAGACUUGGAUGCACACUGGGUGUUAAAUCGAAGGAUCAAGGUGUUCUGGCCUUUGGACAAGAAUUGGUAUUAUGGCCUUGUCUACGACUAUGACAAAGAGAGAAAUCUUCAUCAUGUAAAAUAUGACGACCGUGAUGAGGAAUGGAUAGAUUUACGGAAUGAGAGAUUCAAGCUCCUGCUUUUUCCCAGUGAACUUCCCUACAAAUCUCAACGGAAAAGAUCUUGGCGAGAUAGAGGUUCUGAUGAUAAAAUCAAGAAUGUGAAGCUCAACAAAGAGAAGGGUAAGAAAAAUUUCAUGACAGAAGAUGAGAUUGCUAAUGGGAACUAUAUGGAUUCUGAGCCCAUCAUCUCCUGGUUGGCUCGCUCCAGUCAUCGUGUCAAAUCCUGCACUUUGCGUUCGGUGAAGAGACAGAGAAAAUCUGUUUCAUCUCUUAGUUCUCCUACUCAACCAUUUUUGUGUAAUGAUGCUAUAGAUGAAAAUGGUUGUCCUUAUGGAGGUUCAUUGAAGGGAAGUAAAAUUAAAUUGUUCAACACCACUGCAUUAUCGGACAGAAUGGUUGAUAGCAGAAGGGUUGAGGGUUCUUCCUUGGAUAGCACUAGUUACCCUAACAAAAAACAUCCUAUUGUAUAUUUUAGAAGGCGUUUUCGCAAGAUGGAUAAAGUGUUGUGUCAGGCUUCUAAAAGCAAUUGUAUUGGCAGUAAUGUGUCUGAAGCUAUUGAAGCUAUUGAAGCUAUCACAUCUCUUGGCUGUGUUGAUGAAUUUCAGUAUUUGGGUGUACUUGAUGCUUGCACGGGAUGGUUGGAUCCUGAACGAGAUUUGUUGCUUAGUGAUAAAUGUAGGGCAGUUACAAUUGAAUAUUUCAUUGAUACAUUCAAAGCAAUUCAGUGUGGAAUGGUGAUGACUGUCUGGCCAAUGGUUCACAUGGAGAUCCUUUUUGUUGAUAAUGAAGUUGGAUUAAGGUUUUUCUUGUUUGAAGGUUCCUUGAAAAAGGCUAUAGCUUUUGUUUUCCAGGUCCUUAUGGUAUUUUAUCGACCUACUGAGCAGGGGAAGUGUCCUGAUCUGCAGUUGCCUAUAACUUCAAUCAGGUUCAACUUUUCUUGCUCUCAAGAUCUUAGGCGGCAAUUUGUCUUUGCUUUUUACAACUUCCAUGAAGUGAAGCAUUCAAAAUGGAUGUUACUGGACUAUAAGCUGAAAAGACAUUGUCUACUUAAUAGGCAACUACCUGUGUCCGAGUGCACUUGUGAUAACAUUAAGGCUCUUCAGAAUGGAACUAAUCAGCUACUUGGUUCUCCUGCUUGCAAAGACUCCUCAACAGUUGAGGGUUUAAGGAGGAGAAAGUAUAGGCCAGGUAUCAGCCAUAUGGGUGUCUCCAAAGAAUCUAGUUUUCUGGGAGUUGGCCAGUUUUCUUGCAAUUCUGAGAAGCAUAGAAAUCUUCCUCAGUUUGCCUUUCCUUUUGGUGCUGCCCUACUUUCUUUCUUAGUUUGCAUCUUAAGCUACUUAUGGAACGUAGUCUUUCUUGCAUCAGCUUUCGCGAUCAUGACUCCAUUGAGCACCAGGAAGCUCUGGGAAUUUGUUGUUGGAUGA